AUGGCGAAUACACUCUCAUGGAUAUUAAUCAGUUUGACAAUUUUCAUUACUGGUCCUAUUCGAAAUGUUUCUUACCCAUAUUCGACUGACCUAUCAAUCUCAGGUUAUAUCGUGUUUAUAACAGGAUUCAUCGAUGCUUCGUUGUAUGGACUCAGCUUUUAUUCGUCAAUUCACAAGAAGAUUGAUCCUAGGAAACAUGGCGAUGAAGAAAAACAAUUCUUACAACCGAUUCAUCAAACCUUAGAAAUCCUUUUACGAACUCAAACCGAACUUGUUGAUUUAAUUAAAGAUAUCACCGAGAACAAUACCACCGACGAAAUAUUACAAGAGAAUACUCGGAAUAAAUUGAAAACUUUAGAAUUUGUUCAAAAGGAUGGAUUGAUAGAGAUAACGAAGCGUAUCAACGAACGUCUUGACACAAUACAGUCAAACUCGUUCUCAAAUUUCAAUCUACUCGAUCGUAUUCAUUAUUACCUCUACACAUCUUCGUUUCUGCUCUAUAUUCAUCAAUUUCUCCUAUGGAUCGUUCAAUAUUUAUCCUAUCCUAAUGCAACAAAGUAUCAAACCUGUUCGUUUCUUCUUUCUCUUGUCAUUCUUUGUCAAGCAUUAGGAUUUAUUUAUUUUAUUCACUUAACUCAAAUAUGGUCCCAUCGAACUCCUCUUUAUUUAUAUACUUAUAUGUUUUUUAUUCGAAGUUUAAUUAGUAUUUAUCAUUACAGUUUUUAUACUUAA